AACAUUUGUUUGAAUUAUUCUAUCCACAAAAAAAACCAUUUCCGUAAAAAUAAAUGCGCACAAAAACGUGAAAAUAAGUAAACAUUUAUUUUUAUCGCAUUACAAAAUAAAUUUGUUUAAAAACAAAAAAAAAACUCAAAAAUGCGGCGAAAACAUCCGCAUUUUAACAUCCGCUUGACAUCGCUCAAUGUAAAAUCGUCAUUUGUGGUUUUGAUGUCUGUAUCCGUUCUUUUGCGAAUGUCGUCUAUUGCAGUGGUCAACGAUAGUAUUGAUGGUGAGCAACUAAAAGCGAACUUGUACAACUAUCAAUGCUUUACUGAUAAAGACAACGCAUCUCCAAACUUGAGUCUUCGUCAAAGCUCCAUUGGUAUACAAGUUUCAUAUUGGCCGUCACAUCAAAUCAUUACCCGUAUAUUUGCAAUUUUUCUACGGGAAAUUCUUCACUAUCAAAAUGUCUACAUACUACCAAUUGAGUUUAAUGGAGAUACCGACGAAGACUACUAUGAAGGCAAAAGGCUUACCAAUACUCUUGACUUAUUAAUAAAACAUCCUCAAUAUCCAAAUUUACCAAUGAUAAAUUUAGGCGUUUGGACCCCACCGAUGGGCCAUGGGUUAAGACCGCUGGAAGUCUACGAGUCUGGUGUUUCGUUAGAUCCAGGACGCUUUGGCUGGUUUGUUGGCCCAGCCGAACUUAAUGUAACGAUGGAAGGUUUGCACUACUCAAUAUUUUUAAACAGGUCAAAUACCUUCUAUGAGCAAUAUAUAAUAGAUGAAGAUGAACUAAAUUUGCUCACACGGGGAAACGAACAUGAAUACUUUGUCAGUCCGAUGUGCAAACAUUUUCGAUGUGCUACACUCUUAGCUGAAUAUAAAAUGGAAACCUCGUUUGUACAGCAGCAGAUUAAAGAAAUUAAGGGUUAUUUGAAUAUACUAUGGUUGGGAUCACGAUUUCGUUCGGAAAUCGAUCGUUUAUAUUUGAAAUAUACCGAUUAUAAUGCGAGUGGCAAAAAUAAAAGAUUUUUAGUUUUGCACUGGAAUCCUUCGGAUGUAAUCGAUGGUAAAAACACAUUUCAACACAUUGAAUUACCGCUUUGUGAAGAGUCAUUAUCGCUGUGGAAAUCCUAUUGUAAAUACGAAUUAACUCCAAUUUUUAAGUACCACUCUAAACACCUACUGGCCGAUGAACGCCUAAUGCAUUCCUUACGUUUAUUUUGGAUCAAUAAUGAUGAACUAACACAUCUCUUUAUGGAUCUCGAUCAGAAACGUUCACAAAAGGGCUACGUAACGGAUGGGAUAUACAAUGAGUUGGCAUGUGACUGGCUUCGAUAUCAUAUCGAAACAUAUAAUUUGUGGAUAUCCAAGGAACCGAUGACACUGUCGAUUGGCGCUAUAUUUCCCAUAAAGAAAAAUACUAGAGGCCAUCAAAAUCUGGUAUAUGCAGUGCAAAGUGCUGUGCGCGCUGUUAACAAAAAUAGUACAAUUUUAAGAAAUUACAAUCUGAAUGUCAUUGAAAAUGAUGGCGAGUGUAAAGCGGACGUCGUAAUGAAGUCAUUUAUUCAUCUGUUCAAUGUGCCAAAACUUUUGGGUGUAGUUGGUCCCGCCUGCAGUGAAACUGUGGAACCGAUUGCUGGUAUAUCAAGGCACACCAAUAUGGCUGUCAUUUCAUAUUCGGCCGAAGGUGCCUCAUUUUUGGAUCGUCAGGCAUAUCCAUUCUUCUUUCGCACCAUUGGUUCGAACCGUCAAUAUGAAGAUGUUUACACUAGCCUAAUGAAGGAUUUCGGGUGGAAUCGAGUGGCAGCUUUGACGGAAGAUGGUCAGAAAUACACCGAAUAUAUUUCUCACAUGGAAGCGACAUUAAAAAAUAACAAUAUGGAACUGAUAAUAAAUAAGAAAUUUUUAAAUGAUAUAACACACGCAGAAAUGAAUAAGUAUUUGGUCGAUUUGAAGAAUCGGCAUGCAAAAAUCAUAAUAGCUGAUAUCCACAAUAAAUAUGCGCAGAUGGCUUUAUGCGAAGCUUUUAAACUUGAGAUGACUGGAUACCAAGGUUACGUGUGGUUUUUACCAUCAUGGCUGUCAAAAGAUUGGAAGUUUAUUAGUGCUGAAGGUAACCAAAGCUGCUCAAGUCAUGAACUGGAAAGGGCUUUCGAGGGUCAUUUCAGCAUCAUGCACAGUCCAUUUGGAAGUAAUAAAACUAUUAUGCAGGAACAUAUUAACAUCGAAAAAUGGCUGGAGUCGUAUAGCGCUAGUGUAAGCAGUGUUUCAAAGUAUACGGCUUUUGCAUAUGACGCUGUGUGGGCUUAUGCACUGGCAGCUGAUAAACUUUUGCACGAAAACAGGGAUACUGUUGAGAAUUUGCGUUCCAAAAAUGUCGUUAAUCGUUUUGUUGAUCUUAUUUGGGAAACUGACUUUGUUGGUCUUUCAGGAAGAGUUCGAUUUGGACAAGGCGGCUCCCGCAUAACUGAAUUGAUAAUAAGACAAUGGCGUAAUCAUCAGUCAGUUGAGGUGGGUAAAUAUAUACCUCAGCUGGUGGGCAAAGGUCGUAACUUGCGAACCAAUGGUGGAAAUUUAGUUUUGAACAAAAGCGCAAUUGUGUGGCUCUUUGAGGGCAAACCACCGAGUGAUGGAACAUUCGACUGCAGUUUUUCGGCAUUGGCUGAAUUUUUAAAUACUGAAUGCCAGAAUGCGACCGUAGCUUUCACGGCGCUUAUUUGUAUGAUUGUCGUUGUGUUUAUCUCGCUUAUAUCUUUCUACUUCUGGAAACGACGAUACGAUAAAAAACUUAAACGUUCUGCGAAGAUUAUGAAAAAUUUCGGCAUUGACCUGUUAUCUCCCUCCCGCAGUAAUGUAAAUACUUUAGAUAAAUGGGAAAUUCCUAAGGAAAAUGUUGUGGUCAAUCGACGUUUAGGUGAAGGUGCUUUUGGAACGGUGUAUGGUGGAGAAGCCAAAAUUGGUGACGAAGGUUGGACAGCUGUUGCUGUCAAAACUUUGAAAAGUGGAGCAUCAACUGAAGAUCGCUUAGAUUUUUUGUCGGAGGCAGAAGCCAUGAAACGAUUUGACCACAAAAAUAUAGUGAGUCUUUUAGGUGUGUGCCUUCAGUCCGAGCCAAUUUACACAAUUAUGGAAUUCAUGUUGUACGGAGAUUUGAAAACAUAUUUACUGGCUCGUCGCCAUAUGGUCAACGAAAAAGUUACAGAUGACUCAGAUAUUUCAUCAAAACGACUCACAAUGUACGCAAUGGAUGUGUCACGUGGUUUAGCAUAUUUGGCGCAACAAAAGUAUGUGCAUCGCGACAUUGCAUGUCGCAACUGCUUGGUCAAUGCUCAGCGCGUUGUGAAGCUGGGCGAUUUUGGAAUGUCUCGGCCUACAUACGAAAGUGAUUACUAUCGUUUCAAUCGCAAAGGUAUGCUUCCGGUUCGAUGGAUGGCUCCUGAAUCACUUGCCUUGGGAAUGUUUACACCAUCUUCGGAUGUUUGGGCUUUUGGUGUAGUGCUAUUUGAGAUAAUAACAUUUGGAUCAUACCCCUACCAGGGUCUGACCAAUAAUCAGGUAUUAGAGUAUGUAAAAAGUGGAAAUACUCUUAGUAUACCUAUUGGUCUUAAACCUUACUUGGAAGGUCUCAUAAAAGCAUGUUGGAAUCAGGAUCCUAAGAAACGGCCAAGUGCCUCAGAAAUUGUGGAGUACAUUUCAAAAUAUCCUACGCUGCUAUCAGCUAGCCUUGAUUUUCCAAGUGCCUCCGUAGAGAUGGCCGAGACUGAAAGUGACGAACUUGAACUAUUGCCAAAAUCUCGCAAAUGUUCACCUCUGAAAAAUGAGUCUGUUCUAGAUGUUGUAGCCCAAGCAUCGAUUGCAGACAAUCUUGAAAGAUUUAACAAUUUCUCUAAUGAACGGGAAACGACUGUGGAAACUAACAUCGAAAUGCCAACACAUACUGCCAAUAGUGGAGUAGAACCUCUUGAUUCAUCACCUAUAACUCCGGAUGGAUACAGCAUUAUGUCACCACUAUUGAUGAAUCAUGCUGAGUCACCACCCUCUUCACAUCAGCAGACACCCUUCUAAAAACUCGAUGCUAAUAAGUUGACACCUACUCCACACUUAUCAUUUUGUUACAUGAUGAGAUAAUGAUGCCAAUCAAUAUCUGUAUGAUGGAGGAUUGGUUUGGCAUCCAUAUCUUAUCUUGCAAAAAAAUUGGUAGAUGAGAGUUGCCAACCUAGGGUCAUCGAUAUUAACCACAAAAUUACCUGGCAAAAAACGUAAAGAAAGUUACUUUUAUACCUCGUUAAUAGAUAAAUAGAUCUUUUGUACAUACUGUGUAUAUACUACUUAUAUUACUAUUACAUAUUUAUGUAUUUUUAUAUUAUUUAAGGUUUUUGUACUUAUUUAUACAUUAUACUUUAGUAUGCAACUCUGUAUAUAUGUAUUUUAUAACUAAAAUUGACAUUUUUCAAAACAAUUAUAAUUUAAUAUAAAAAAAAUUAAAUAAAUAAAAUAAAAAGUUAAA